UUCCGCGUAAUCCAGUCCAUCCGACGACGACGUCUCACGAGAGGCGAGAGAGGCGAGUCCUUUCUCUGUCUUACCCUUCAAGAGCGUCUCCCCUCCUUAUUUCUUCUGCCUCUUGUUCCGCUGCGCUCGUCCCAGCGAAGGAUCCUACCUUGCAGUACGUGUUUAUCCAGGGUAUAAGACGGCAGAAGCGGCCAAGUGGCGUAGGAAGAGAAGCGAGUGUCAAGCGGCGAUCGCGAGCGAGCGGACGGGAGGGAACACGAGAAAAGCCCUUGCAGCCGAAGAAAAGGGAAGAGUUCGCGGAACGCGCUCCGUAAUCUUCGCCGAGGCUCGGAGGUCGCUACACCGGCGAGUCUGACAGCAAGGUCGACCGCAAAAUAGUUUCAACUGCUAAACGUCCUUGAUCCCUUAACGAAGAAGGGAAGAAGGAGGGAGAGAGAGACGCGGCCGGACGCAAGAGAAGAUUAACUGAAGGGGGAAAAGGGAUAGACCUGCGGCGCGUCACGCGCUGGCGAAUCGGGGAAUCGCCGGACACUCUCGUCGCACGUCCGAUAUAUUUCUCUUUUUCGAAGCUCAUUACGAGCAGCCGAUAAAAGAUCGUAUCGUGAUACACUGGUGAUAUCGAGUUCCCGUGCGCACCAUCGCCGUCGCCGAGUUUUGCCGGAUAUUGACCGAGACCGCUUCUCUUCUCGGCAGGAUUAAAUGAUAUUUUCAAGAGGUCUGCCUUCGUUUCCAAAGUAAAAUCGCAAAUUAUCAUGUGGCUGCAACGAUUACGCUGGCUGCUGCCAGCAUUAAUCGUGUCUUGGCUGAAUCUGCAGCUAGGUGCGGCUUUACCGGCUCACGACGAGCGCUUGCACGUGUCUGCGUUUGAUCCUAGUGCAGCUACUUCGUCAAUUAUCCGCGAAGACUACAACAAACGUACGCAUCCUCCGGGUGGCAAAAACAACACGCAGCCCAGCCACAAACUGGUCCCUUCCCCAGCCGGACUUUUGCGGCCUGACAAGUUUCAGUUUUAUACUUACAACGACAAGGGUGAUAUGAUUACGCGGCAGAUGACCGUUCAGGAAAUUCAAGGUCUCAUCGCUGCAGGUGGCGCGGAUCAUAUCGCGAUGGACAGGCAAGAGCCUCAAAAAGCCGACGAUGUUCUGACAGGUGGCAAAAAGGUCAUGGAUGUAGUACAGAAGGUGCAGAAUGUAUUGAAGAGCGCACUCGACAAGCCACCGACCUUAACGGGUUCGAUACCGAAGAUUCCAGAACAUGCAAACGUCGAGUGGAGCAAUAUUCUACCUUCGAUUCUAUCCGGCGAGGCGGACGCGAUUUCCCCAAGCAGCGAAUCCGAUCAGCUGUCGCUUAAGCAUACAACGGAAAAGAUCAAAGGAAGUGGCGUCGUGUCGUCGACCGAGAGCUCGUCCAAUAUUGGUAUGACCACGGUGUCGAAAAAUCCGACGAGGAAGCCGGUGAUGCCGGAUAUUCAAACAAACGCGUAUGCUGGUUUCACUAAUAAUCUGCAGAAACCUCACCACAGUCAUCAUGCGCAGCAAACAGCCGGCGCUAUCUCGGAGAAACCGAUGAUUCCGGUCCCAGUAAUCACUUUGACGGAACAGAAGUUGUCCACGUUGCAGUCCACUGUUACCGAAAGUCCCGUUUUCCAAAUGCUCAGUGUGAUCCCAGUCGAAGCUACCGAAAGUGCUCAUAAGAAGGGUCAGACCGAAUCGUCCGCGGUUGCUCCAAGUGCCGCCACUGUCCGAGUACCUCCUCAGACCGCAGGGUCUGGACAAGGCGAACAGUUCGUGGAACUAACUCUAUCGAAAGUACCUGAAAGUACAACGGUUUCGCAAUUGAGUAGCACGAAACAGACGAUCGCGAAUCUCAAUAACAAAAUAGGCCAAGUCUCGACGAUCUAUUACUCGAUGACGCCGGGUACGUCCGCGGAGUCUUCCACUGCUGCUGGAAAGGAGACUGUAACGCACAAUGAGCCCAGCGAGGUGACAAACAUUGCUGACAAGACGUCUUCUUCGAACGCAACUUACGUUCUUAUACCGAGCAAGAACAAUACGGGGCUAUCGGAAGAUGUUUCAUUAGCGCCUGACGUUACGAAAGAGUCUCAAGUGAACGGAACGCGCGAUGAUGAAGUAGUCCCGCAAACUAAUGCUACUGCCUUAGGACCACUCUCUCACGCCUCUCGAAAGCCUAUAGGAGUGACUAACAAAAUUGCGUCGUCGUCGUCCACACUCGCAUCUGCUUCGGGAAUCGAGGCCACGACCGGUUCAACUUCGUUGCUCAUGGACCGUCUCGGUGAAGAUUCUCCGAUGGUUACGAAAGAAUCGUUAAGCUCGGUUACGGCAACAUACACGGAACAUCACCUUAAUCCUCAGUCGACCGAAUCUUUGAUGCCGAUGGAACCGUUACCCACGCAAUUAAUCGAUUCAUUCUCGAGCGUAAUGAGCCAAGUUUCGGAAGUGAAACCGUCCGUAUUAUCUUUAUCGCCUACAUUGGACGGUGCGCCGCAGAUACCGAUCAUGAAUAUCAAUUACGGUCAAAGACAUAGUAAUGUAUCCGACCCGGACAAAAUCGGUACGAAUGCAAAUACAGAUUUGCAGCAGGAUCGUCUUACAUCUCACGACGCGGUCAUGGAUGAGAAUACCACAGAACGCACCGCUAGUUCACAAACUUAUGCAGCUGUUACGAAAACUACAAGAGCUCCGUUGCAGGACAUCACUACUCGAAUUAUUGACUCUCCUACUACUCAACGAUCUACCAUGGCAGCGAUGGAUAUCACGAAAUCUGGAAUCAAUAACUCUUCUGCCAACUCUCAGAUUACCGUGAUAACAUCAACAGCUUCAACGGUGGUCGAAGCGAUAAGCAACAAAGUAACGGGCAGUAAUGCAGUCACGACAUCAGCUGGAUUAAAUACUUCGCCCGAUACUUCGCAAUCAACAACGCAUCCGUCGGUUCCACUUGAGAAGACUCAGAACGCUUCGCUGGAAAAAGAUCACACCAAAACUGCCGCUGAUGCAGCUUUGGAGAAACAUGUUACCGAUAAGAUCACAUCCGUGAAAGUUCCUGUUACUUUUACGAUACUUGACGUAAAUAAAACUCAGUCGACCACUGCAUCGAGCGAUGCAAGUGAAUCCUCGAGUAAUACGUUGACUAACGGAUAUUUGGAUAAUACUCUUACAAAUCUAAACUGGAGUAAUCCAGUAUCUGCUAUCGAUCAGGUAUUGAAUGUUGCACCAUUACCACCCAAUAUGCCUUCAAUUGAGUCGAUUGCUUUACCAAAUGACACGUCGAAGCUAGCAGCUAGUGUUUUAGCGAGCAGUCUUAUAGCCGGAUUUACGACAAGCACCUCGGAAAGAUCACCUAUCGAAGAAAUUAACAAGAAUCAAGUGACUAAGAACGCAUCAACGCAGAGUACACAUACGGUACGACCAACGAUUUCAUCGAACGUAACGAAGCUUGCGGGAUCCACCGAGAAUGUUACUCAAAUGUACGAAAAAAAUGCGGAACAUAUUGUAAAUGAAGAAUACCAGAAAAAGAAAAAUAUUACACACGUGCAAGCAUCAAUGCAGAGACCCGCCUUAACAGAUCCAGCUGGAAAUGACGCGUUAAAAUUAACAGGGACGAAAGAAUCAAAUAAUGCGUCACAGUCAACUAAACUGAAGAAUGAUAACGAGAAAAUGGGAGAUUCUACGAAAGGCUCAUUGUCUCCUACGCCGAAUAGAUUUGCAAAUGUUAGUGAUGAAAAGCAUGAUACCGCACAAAAUGUUAGCGUGGGGGCUGUUACCAUGAAUCUCGGGCAAUUGUCAACGAUGAACGAUACGCAAUCUAAUGUCAAUAAAACUCUUGAUGCAAGUUUUAAUCAAAAUAAAAAAGGAGACAAGAUAAAGACUACAGAAGCACCUAUUAGAACAGAUGUAAGUCCCCAGUCACCAGUUAAAAUCGUACUAAUCGACUCGAUUAAUACAAAUGAUAGAAAUUCCGUUAACAUAUCGGGUCAUGUAAAGAAUAGUUCAAAAAUAGAAGCGUUAGACAAAAAUAACGGAUCCAUCAAUGUCUCGUCAGCGACGAAGGAAGUUAUCGAAGUUCACUCUGCUAACGAAUCUAAAUCCGAGCUGCAUAGCCAUAAGAAUAAUAUAACAAAGAACUCCACUGCUUCAAAUAGCCCGCUCCACGCAACAAUCUUGCCAGAUAGAAAUUCUACCAAUUCUGCGUUUGCACAGAACUCCAAAAUUAAUAAUGCUGCCGUCUAUAAACAUAAAGAUAAUACGUCAAUGUCGCAUACUGCGAUCAAUAAUCAUACGGCAGUAACGUCUCGAACACCCGUGCAAAAUAACGAGGAUGAUAAUGAGAGUACUUCAUCUUCUUCUUUGUCUAUGCAAAAAGACAGUCCUGUUCAUAAAGACGUAAAUAAAUUAAACAAUACAAGUGGAAACAAGGAGCAGUUAUCCCGACCGAUUUUCGUUAAUGGCACAAAUAAUUUGAGUUCUGCCAAUAAUACGUCAAAUCAGAAUAAUAAAGAUACUCUUUUGCAGCAGACUAUACCGAUGAAUAAUGCGAGCAUUUUUGAAUCAUCAGCGAAGAAUACAUCAGCGCAGACUCACAGUCAGUUGAAUAAUACGGAGAGCAAACCUGCGUCUCUGAAACAUUCGGAGACUUCUCCGAAGCCGGAGGUAAUACGUCUACAACUAUCAACACUGCCACCGACUAUUCCGAUCCGUCAGACACCGAAACCUACGAUAACCCAUAAGCCUCUGGAGAAGUCUGACGCUUCAAAGACUGAUACUGUCAAAGACUCAAACGUGGAGAAUAAAUGGACGCUCAUAUCGCAACAAGUUCCUCCAGGUCCCAUGACAAAAGUUCCGAAGCCACCGAAAAUACCGAAGCCAACAAGGAAACCAGUUAGUUCCGGUCAGACACCAUCAUCGAACGUGGACGAAAAUAAUAACGUACGUUCUCCAGGAGCUGAAACGGCGACGCAUCAACAGGAUGAGUCUUCGGCGCAGUCCAUAUUGCCGCUGGGUGCGUCCCAGAGUGCGAAUGGUUUGGAUAUCAGCACAAGAUACACGAGCGCCGAUAUCGUAAACUUCGCUAAGCUAUGUAACGAGUUGGCUUUGAAUUUCUGGGUGGCCACUAACAAGGGCCUGAGCACUGCACGAUCGCUGGCCCUGUCGCCGUUCGGGAUGACCAGUUUGCUGGCGAUGAUCUUCUUGGGUGCUCGUGGACCGACGUCCGAUCAAAUGAACGAAGUACUCAGGCUGGACGACGUGGCCACGUUUAAUCCGCAUUUAGUGUUCCAGAAUAUAACCGACACGGUGAGUUUAGCCAGGGGUCAGGGCAUCGCGAACGCCGCCUUCGUCCGUGAGCUGUUCGCUGACAAAAUGAAAGUCAGGAAGCUCAUGCCUUUCUACAAGGAACAGGCCCAGCAAUUUUAUGAGGGCCUCGUGACCGAAGUGAAUUUUGCCACCAUCAGCGAUCUCGUUCGCAGAAGGACGAAUCUAUUGAUCAGGAAGCAGACUGGCGGCAGGAUAAAGGACUUUGUCAAGACGAAUACGGUGCCGUUAAGGUCACCGUUAGCGGCGCUUUCCGCCAACGUAUUUCAGACCGAUUGCAACAGCACACUGACCAGCUCUAUUGGUAGAGACGGUGAAUUGUACUUUGCGGUCUCACCAGCUGUUAGGCAGAGGAAACUCGUUCCCGUUCCAGCUACUACCUGGCGAUCGGGUGUACUAGCUGGCUAUGAACCCAGCAUCGACGCUACUGCGGUGGCUCUCGGAGGAAGCGAUAAAUUAGUUUCGACGAUAUUUGUAUUGCCAGGCCAGCAGGGUCAUACCGCACCAGGCGACACGCUGGAUCGUCUCGAGCAGCGUCUCGUCAGAAACGCAUUCCGCGACGGAGCCUGGAACAAGCUUCUUAAGGUUUUGAUACCAAGAAGCGGUUUGGAGUUGCAAGUUCCUAAAUUCAGUCAUAGAUCCGUUGUUAACGCCACUGCUGCCUUGAAGAGAAUGGGUCUUGACGAGCUCUUCUCAGGCAACGCCGACUUCAAAGGUAUCAAUGGCGUGGGUCACCGUCUUCAUUUGGCUGAUGUAUUGCAGAUGAACUUGUUCAGUACCUGCGGCGAUGAGAAUAUCCUUGGCGGUCGACAUCACGUGGAAACGUAUCCCGCAAGUCCGUUAAGGAGAAACGUCAGGCGACAAAUGGAAAAUACGGACAACUUCGCUGAAGACGAUACGUCGAAGCAUAGUGGGGUAUCGCCACAAGAGGACUACAUAAAUUCAUUCUACGCGGAUCAGUUGCACACGGCUCGUGGAGAGAUUGAAUUCUACAGGGAAUCAAGGCAGCUUCCUAGAGCAUCACUGGAGAGACCGAGAUUGAAACUCGAUAGACCCUUUUUAUAUUUCGUUCGACACAAUCCUUCCGGUAUAAUAUUACACAUGGGCCGUUUUAAUCCCCGAUUAUUGCCCUAAACGAAGGCUCGACAAUUCUUCAUUGAUUGCCAUUAAUUCGAUCCUGUUUUCCUUUUAUUCGCCUUAUACACUGUUUCAUAUCUCGGGAAAACAGCCGACUCUUGAUGCAUUGCUCAAACGACUUUCCUCCUAUUCGGCGUCACAAUGCAGUGUCGCACACGACUCACUGUAUUCGAACAGUGGAAAUAGGAUAUUUUAUGCUCUUGCAUGUUCUAGAAAAUUUGUAAACAAUUUCGCUUAGAGUUACUUAUGUAUUAACUUUAUCUGUCUUCGCUCAGAGCGGAGUAAUUAGCGCGAUAUCUUGCACCGAUAUCGUUUGCCCCAUGCUAAUAUAUGUAAAACAAACUCAAUGAAACACACCUCGACAUGGAUCGUAUUACUUUAUGAGGGAUAUUUAGGGAGUGGUUAAACGCAUUUCAUUAUUUUUAAAUAACAGACUGAGGAACGAAAGAAAGGAAGAUGACACGAAAAAGAAAGAUCUUAAUCGCGGUCCAAAUGGUCAUUAUUUUCCUUUGCGAAUGACGAUUAAUGCGAUCAUUAAACACAAGCUUUCAUCGAGUGUCAAUAAUCUAUUUGGACCCUGAUUGACAUUGCGCAUUCAUUUAAUACAAUUAAUGAUUGUGAUACGAAGGAGCGUUAAAUUUUUGUACAUUUUGUAGAAUUAAUCUGCUAGAAUACGCGUUUAUUCCACAUAUUAUGUAUCAAGAAUCGUUGAAUUUGUAAUUUCUUCACGGUCAAAUGUCGAUUGGACUACGCGUUGAAUAAACAUGUCAUUCUCGUUC